AUGUCUUCCUACAAGUCUUUUGCCCUCGUCGGUGCUGGCCUUCUCGGAACUCCGAUCGUUGUUAGUCUCGCAGCAAAAAACGUCCCCGUUGUCGUUAUUUCUCGUCCCAACUCCAAGAGCCUCGACAAGCUUCCUGUCGGCGUCCAAGUCAACUCUGCCGUAGUCGACACUAGCGAUUCUGCUGCGGUUACCGCCGUUCUUAAAGAAAACAACGUUGAUGUGGUCAUUGCCACUCUUGCUUCCCAGGGCGUGCAGCACCUGAAAGAGGUUGGGGUCCCUUCCCUGAGGAUCUUCACUGGGCUUUUCAUGGAAUUCAUACUAAUGGCAUUUGGAUAUGCAAAGACCAAGAAGAUCGUGGUUCUCGGAAAAGGCGAAGCAACAAUUUCCUCCACUUCCAUCACAGACAUCGCCGGAUUCGUCGCCCACGUCCUGACAACGCUUCCGCAUGAACAGGUGGAGAAUAAAAUACUCCGCAUUCAAGGCGAUAGCCUCAAGGCUAAUGAGCUCGGCCCGUUGUUCAACACCACCGUUGAGCAUGUUGACGACAUUCCAGGCCCUAUGAAGGGCUUAAUGCUGGCGGCAGAUAAUGGGGCUGGUAGUACAGGCUGGGACGUUGUCGCAGGAAGGGAAGGAACGGGGGAUGCCGCUGCUGGAAGUGCGAGUGAGCUUUGGCCGGGCCAUCAUUGGAGGACGAUUAAAGAGGUUCAUCAUAUUUCGUAG